CUGGCAAGAAUAUUUUCCUUUCAGAUUAGCGUUCCAACGUUGCUCGAAAGCAAUCGUCGUUCCGAUCUCGAGGUUCUUGUUGUGAAUCGAGUAAUCACACCGCGAAGUCUAAAUGACAUCCAGAACCUGGACGUAUCGGAUGUGCAUCUUUCCCACUUCCAAGCAACAUUGAAGGAGCGUAGGCAAGUGGACAAAGACGAAGUAGAACCGGCUAGAAUUCUCUUUAAUGUCAUCGAACCUCAUCCAGUUCUGAGUCUGCUGGCUGGGAAAACUCAGCGAAAGAAUAAGAAAGGGUCGUGGGCUACAAAAUCUCGGCAUAUGGGUUACGAUAUGUUGCGUGAGAGAUGCAGUGAUGAUGAAGAUGGAGACCGACCUGAGCCCUUUGAGGUUGCUAGAGCUCCAAGGUCGUCGCUAACAUUGGGAGAUUUCCUAGUGAGCUCAUCGCCUCCAAAGGACGUAGAGGCUGGAAACGUAGAGCAGGAAUCUGACAGCUGGGUCUUUGUUGAUGUGGAGCCAGAAUGCUCUGAGGAGAGCACUCAACCGAGGCCUGCUGAUCUGGUUGACAUCUCUGCCGCUACCAAUGCCAACUCAUUGUUUGAAGUUAUAUCUCUCCUUGAAGAAGAACGCGUUGUUGUUCGAUGGAUCGGUCAGGACCGAGUCAUGGUUGAUGCCACUUAUCAGGCCCGUCUCCGUGGGGACGAACCUGUGAGGAAACCGUUGCUUAUUCUCUUCUUGGAGCUACGGGAAGGUGGCCAUAUUCUCAGGGUACGAGUCAACGCAAAUGCUCGAUAUCGGCGUGACUUGGAUCGUGAAGCUUUCAUUUACCGAGCCCAGCGCCAAAAUGACUUCAUGUCUCUCUUCCAUCAUAUCGUAGGAACUGUAAAGUCACUUAGGGAGUCGGAAGUUCAUGAGGAGAAAUCUCGGUGCUCAGAGCAUAUGGAGUUCUUCGCAGCCGAAGUCAACAGUGAAGAGUUAGCGGUGAAGGCCGACCGUUGUAACGAAUACGAUAUGCUAGAAUUUCUCAAGAACGUCAUGAAUGACGCUGAUGGCAGUGGAAACAGUGAACCCGAGCGUCCAGAGCUUUUCGAAACAAGAGACGGCACAAGUUGCAGGGAUUGUAUUACCUCCUACAUAGUACAUCAACUUCGCCUUAAUCGUAUUCCAGUGAAUAUUCCGCUCACAUGUAACGAGAACCUUUCAAAUAUUGAUCUUCUCUAUACGGUCGUCCCAGCACCGCUGAUUUCAAUGCUUUUGAAGAUGUCCUUACUCAUACUAUUGCCGGCUUCGCGAUCCCAACAAGACGUCACGUCUUGCGUUUGCCCCGAAUGUGAAUCCCAUUGGUGCUGGCUGUGCAAAUCGGAACCUCAUUGGCCGAUGAGUUGUGAAGAAUUCAAACAAUGGACCAGUAAAUGGGAUCAGCAAUAUUUCGUGGACAAAUACGGUUUGCAACCUGAUGAGGAACUCUUGCGCAUUACAUGUCUAUGUAAGUACCAAGUGAAUCCGCUCACAAUACUAAAUGCCGAUGUGGUCACCGAUACGACAAAACCGGUCUGA